CAAGAUGCAGUUGUUUUUAACUUUACGAAUUUUCAGUGCAAGAGUUACAACGAAUCGUGGUUAGUUUUCAACCAUUACCGUCUGAAGGCCGUCAGUCGGGACAGGGUUCUGCUCAAUAUGAAUGCAACUAUUCUGCAUCGGUCUUACAACAUUCAAAUUCACGCAAAAGUCUAUAAAAAGGCCAACGGUUUUAAGCCUUGGGUAUUGGAAUCCACAGUUGACGCGUGCAGGUUCUUAAAGAGGCACUAUGAUCCAUUCAUAAACAUCAUCUACAAUAUCUUCAAGGAAUUCUCGAACAUAAAUCACACCUGUCCCUUCAUGGGUCAUCAAAUCAUCAAAGAUUUUUAUCUCAAACCGGAACGAUUAAUUCUACCCUUUCCAUCUGGAGAGUAUUUGCUGAGGGGUGGCUGGUACUUCGAUAAGAAACUCAUAUUCGAUACAAAUGUCAGUUUUAUUUUAUGGAAGAUCUGCUAA